AUUGCGACGACAGCUAUUUGAAGCGGAAAAAGAAGCACGAUGGACUGUACUACAAAAGCAUGGGCUUGUGGAGGUGGAGAAUGAUUCUUCCGCGGUUGCUGGUGACAGUGGUAAAGACGCAACUCCUCCUUCUGGUGCCGAGCAGAACGAAGAGGUUGCAGUGACUUUGACUCCUACAGGGCUAAGCGAAUAUUAUCCCUUUAUCCGAGGUAAGAAGACUCAAUUCGAUAGCGUAUUGGUGCCGCGGGGUACACGAGCAGAGCAUCGGCAAGCACGCAAUCCUGGUACGCGAUUUGAGAGUAAAAUCUUGGAAACUUUUUACUCCAAUGCUAAACAGAGAAGUAAGAAACCCUGGAACCGUGUUCCGGUAGUCAUAUCAACUGCCCGCGAAGAAGCCGCUUUGAAAGAUUUAGAGAUAGAGACGACGGAAAGGCAGCGAAGGGUCAUAAAUGCAUUUCUCUUUAACACAUUGCGGGUCAUACAGCUAGAGGAAUUGGUUGAGGCGUACUGGGACACAUGUGUGCUGGGAGUGCUGACUAUAUUUGUUAAGGCACAAGAACUAGGAGAGUUGUAUAUACUAUUACUAAACAGACUAUCGUAUAAUUACUAGUUGUACUACAGACUAUCGUGUAAUUACUAGGAGGAUUACUUACGGCUACUCGACGGCGGCUCUAACUCCCGUGUCCUGAUUGAUUCUAGGGUUGCAAAUGACGAAGAUUAUGG